UGUUGAUUGAGGGAUUAAUAUUCAACAUGAUCUGGCCAUGUCCUUGAAGCAGGCCGCAGUGUCUGUUCUGCCACGGAUGUUCCUCUUCACUGACUCUGCUUUUCCCCUGUCACUGACAAGCUGACCUGUUUAAAGUGAUGGAUUCUGAUGGAUACGAUCGAUUCAACGGGCCUGAGCAACAGAAUAACCGCUCGUCGGAAAAAACUGUCUUGUACCGGGGCAGGCGAUUCACUUUGACUGAUCUACUGAAUUGGAUUUCGUUGCUUCUCCUACUGCUAUUGUUGCUUAUUAUGGGACUCAAGUUCACUCAAGUACAGCAAGAGGUUGCUGAUAUCAAGCUUCUACUCGUGUCAAUUAACUUGUCAUUGGUGGAACCUCUCAGCAGGCUAGCUGAGGCAGAGGCUCAAAUGACAGAUUUAAUCCCCAGUCACCAGAAACCCAUGGCUCCAAUGCAAGGGCCCUGUGAUGAGGGCUGGCUCUUCUUCCAGGGCAGCUGUUAUCUAUUGUCCUCUGACAGGCUUAGCUGGCACGAUGCAGAGAAGAUAUGUGAAGAUCAAGGGGCACAGUUGUUUGUCAUCAACAAUGCAGAUGAGCUGGACUUCAUUGAAGGUGUUAUGUUUGACACAAACUACUGGAUUGGCCUGGUGGAAAGAGCAGAGGAGGGUCACUGGAGCUGGGUGGAUGGAACAAACUUUUUAACUACUCCACAUUUCUGGGACGUGGGGCAGCCAGACGAGUGGGACUAUCCUGCGAAUGGGGAGGACUGUGGUGAGCUCCGAAUUAACUUGCGACCUCGGUGGAAUGAUGCAGACUGCUCCCUGAGGGUCCGCUACAUCUGUGAGCUGAAGGGAAAAUAACGCAGUGACACCUGUUGCCCUGGCGCACAAGCCAUUCCCAAAACAAGCACUGUAAUAAUUACAAAAUGAACUUUGUGCCAAUUAAUUGAUGUGUGAAGGAGUGAGAAGGCUGAGCCAGAAACCUUUACCCUUUAACCUGCUUACCAGCGUCCCUUUGUAAAUAAAAGGACAAUUCCUAAUAAUGUGUUUUUUAAUAAAACAUUUUUAAUCAGCAGAA